AUGAAUUCCAACUUUAAAAAAUUACUAUUUAAUCGAGUUUAUAAAUUUCUUCAACGCAUUUCUUGUAAAAUAAUUGGACUAUCGCCCUGGGCAGUUGAAAAUAAUAUAUACAGUGUUUCAAUGGUCGGGUCAUAUUAUAAUUUUUUAUUAAGUGUUGUUUUAUCCGUAUUCAGCCUUGGUGGAAUAUUUGAUCACCUGCCUAAUCCUAAUUCUUUACAAUUUUCUUUAAUAGUAUUGAAAAGAAUUUCGUUUGUGACAUUGCUGCCUACAAUUUUGAUUCCGCUGUAUUACAUAAUUCGACAAAAACAACUGAUAAGUGUUUACAAUCGGUUCGCAAAAGUUGACGGAAUCUUAAAAAAGUGCGCGGAUUUUAAAUUGAGCAGAAAUUGUACUAAUAGGGUAAUUUUUGGUGUUAAUUUAUUAACAACUGUUUUUUUGGUAGUGAUAUUGGAUAUGUGUUACUAUCCGUUAGCCGUAAUAUUGUACGGAAAUUUGCCAACUGUUAUCGGGGGAGGUGUGAUGAUUCAGUAUGCAAUGCUGCUUAAUAAAAUCGAAAGCAGAUUUAAGAGCAUAAAUUCUGUUAUUUUGAAGAUUAGCGAGCCAAAAAUGAGCGUCGUUGGCCCGCAAAUGAUGUCAGUGAUUCAAGAGUAUCAAUUUCAUGAAUCAAUUUUGUACGAUAUUGAUAAUCUCGAAAAAGCAUAUAGGGAAUUGUAUGAAAUGUGCUAUGACGCUGCUAACUUUUACGGGAUUCCUAUGAUAAUUACCAUUUUGAGUUUUGGCGUAAGAAUAAUCUUUACUUUGUACGGAGUACUUGUUGUGACGCUAGAAAUAACCACAUAUAUUUUGUUUGCCUGGCCUGUUGUUGGAUUUCGUUUCUUUUGGUUCGUUUUUCUGUUUGUAGUUUUCACUUCAAGCACAACUGAAAUGAAAAAACAGAACCGCAAGCUGGCGAGGACUAUAUGUACCCUUGUUGAUCAAAGUACACUGGAUGAUAAAGUUGUCGAAAAGUUGUCCUGCUUUUCCAGUGAUCUCAGUGAAUUAGAAAUCGUAUUAACAGCCUGCGAUAUUAUAUCAUUGGACCGUUCGCUUUUAGGAAUAGCAACGGCUACUGUGACAAUUUAUUUGGCCAUCUCCUUACAAUUCGCACUUUUGAAUCAUUAAAU